AUGCCCGCUAUCUUGCGACACAAGACAUUGCAAGCCACUCUUCAUGGCCAUGAGUCUGGAAAAACUUGGCAAUUCAGAGGCCUGCAGUAUGGGACAAUCCCUGCGAGAUUUUCUAGUCCUGAACUUCCAACCCUAACUUUUGGAGAUGUUGACUGCACUGCAUUUGGACCGCGUUGUCCACAGAAUCGCAUUGAUUUUAGGCACCUGUUGCGUAUCCCGCCUAGCCUUGAAAUUCCCGAACAACGAGAAGACGAAUUCGCCUGCCUGAAUCUCGAUAUCACGCUGCCCGCAAGCCCAGAUGCCCCCCCAGGACAUCUGCCAGUAUUGAUGUGGAUACACGGAGGCUCCCAAGCUGUCUCGUUUGGAACUACUUCAACCAAAUUAUGUGAUCCUACAAAGCUUGUGGAAGAAUCAAUCUCUAUCGGCAAGCCUAUCAUCGUGGUGACAGUCAACUACCGCCUGAAUAUAUUUGCAUUUGGUGAUACCGAAAGCGAACCAAAUUUAGCUCUGCGAGAUCAGAAGAAGGCAUUCGAAUACAUUGCCUCAAAUAUCGGCGACUUCGGAGGUGAUCCUUCCAAGAUAACAGUCGCUGGAGAAAGUGCGGGUGCGGUGUAUUGCCAUGCGCACAUGGCAAUGGGUCUUCCAGCUCGCCAGUAUAUUCUGCAAUCAGGUUCUCUCCAUCUGUCGCCACCCCAACCGCGGUCAGCUGCUGUCACACUGGUUCAAAAGGUAGAGAAAACAGUGUCAGAUCUUGGAGGGUGGAACUUGCGCACUGCACCAGUUGAUCGGCUACUUGAGGCUUUAAAACAAUGUAACCUGGGUUCGUUCUAUCUUCAACAAGAAAGCAAGCUUGAGGGCUGGGGAGAGAGCGUCGGUUCUGCAGAACGACUCCUGAUCGGCGACAAUGAAUAUGAGUCGAAUCUUUGGCGAAACGGUAUCGAAGAACUGCCCGCAGACAUAAUUUGGUCCAUCUUUGGACUGGCUGGAGACAAAAGCGAACAGCUCCGGGAUCUUUACGGCAUAACGACUGAUCGGCCAACCCAGAGCCGCAUCGGAGCAUUGGACUUUCUACACGAUGCGAGGUUUACCCUGCCAAUAGAGAGGAUAGUCGAAGAGUGGCAGCGGGCCAACCGGCUAGUAUUCCGAUUCCUUGUUGACCAGCCAAAUCCAUGGCAGACAUCAAGCCGAGCGCACCACGGGGUUGAUCUACUGUAUCUGUUUGGCGGGUUUGACUUAUCUUUUGACCCUGCGGCUCAGAAUAUUUCGUACUCUAUGCAGUAUAAAUGGAUCCAAUUCAUCAACGGGGAUAAUCCUUGGAGCCCUGAGCAGUAUUGGGCAUUUGGGCCGGUUGGGCUUAGCAAGGCUAUUGAUGGUCAGGAGUUUAAGGCUAGAAGGAGAGCUCGGCACUUAGCUCUCUUACAAGAGAUUGGACAAGAUGGUUUUAACCCUGUAUUUGGAAAUCUCGCGGCUGGCCGGAUAAGCCUUCUGAAUUGA